AUGGAUGUCAUCGACUUGUCCAAUCUUUCUGAUGAAGAGGACAGUGUCCUCAACGUUCCUGACGACGAUGAUAUCGUUGUUGUAGAGCCGUCCGGAGACGCCCGGUCUUCAACUUCAACUCGCCGCACCAAAGCCGCCCGGAAGGCAUCGACAUCCACGAAGCCAUCAGUCGAGAAGCGCGUAGCCACGCCGCAUCCGGUUCCUGCACCUGCGACAUCCGAUACUUCGGAACGGACAGAAACUCGAGAUCAACAGCAACUGGUCGUGGCUAUCUUUGAGAUUGCGAGACUCCGCGCCGUCAACAAGCAGUUGGAAGAGAAGAAGGAGGCGGUCGAACGGGAAAAGGCGUCCUUGAAACAGGAGCGAGAUGAAGUCAUAGCAACUAUCAACGCGUUGCGCAUGGAAGCGAGAGAACUAGGGAGAUGCCUCGACGAACUAUUGUCCUGUCAAGUCUGUUUCAUGCCGAUGAAAUCUGCAUACACGUACGCCGCAACGCAAUAA